UUGCAAAAGUAAAUAAUCGAAAAUCUGCUCUAUUUUGAACAUGACUGACGAAGGUGAUAGUGAAGGUGUUACAGACUCACCCAGAAGGGGGCCAACUUUGUCAACAAGCACAAGUAGCUUUGAAGCCCUCGACCCACACGAUCCGAACUUAAGCCGCCUUGCCACAAACAUGUUCCAGAAAACGGCAGAUUAUUUGUAUGGGGAGCUGACAGCCACAUUGGACGAUUAUCGUUUGCUGGAAGCGAUGAAUCGUGCUACGAUCACAAAAUAUGCUGACAUGAAGCAGAUAGCUGGAAGUGUUUCGAAGACUAUGGCGGAACUAAAUGAGAAACAUAAGAGCCUGCAGCCAUACCUUGAACAGAUUGAUCAAAUAGAAGACAGUGUUACUAAACUGGAACAGGCUGCCUAUAAGUUAGAUGCCUACUCUAAGCGACUUGAAGCAAAGUUUAAAAAUUUGGAAAAGAGGUAAUGUGGCAUAACUCAAAUGAAUAGUGCAGCAGAGAAGUAGAAACAGCAGUGAAAAUUACUUGUCAGAAUAACAGUUCAUGAUACUUGUGCUGUUCUAUUACCUACCAUGAUACAUGGUAUAAUAUUAAUUCUGCAGCGACUGUAUGGAAUUAUGAGUUGUGUAGAACUAAUGAAGUUUGAAAUUAUGAUUGCCCCUGUAGUAACCUUAUUUGUGUGUUCUGUGUAGAAUGGGGCUAUCUGUUGUUGUGAUGCAUAAAGUACGCAGACAUUUAGCACUGAUAUUCAGAUUAUGCUGAUAUUCAGUAUUUGUAUUUAUUGGAAGGAAGUUGAGAUAAGUCUAAUUUCUGCAGUAGAUGAAUAUUUCUAGUCACUUUUCCCAACAAGUGGGCCGUUACAUUUACUCACAGUAGAAUACAGAAGUGAACUACAGAAAAAGGCAGAAGUGAAAAGUGAACUCUUUCGACUAACAUUCCUUGCUUCUUACACACACACACACACACACACACACACACACACACACACACACUUUUUUCCUCCGAAUACAUGCCAUUAUUAAAUUGCUUGCAUGCCUGUUUUGAUUAUUUCCGUUAACGGGUUUCUAGUAUGUCUUUUGUUUUGUUGCUAAGUGUUUUGUAGUAAUUGUCCUGUACUCUUGUUUUUUUUUCUUUUUUUUAUUAUUUUAUUUAAAGGAUGAUGUGUCUUCCGAAAGAACAUGCAUACCUGUUGCAACUAUAAAAACCAAAUUCUGCUUUUAUUUCACAUAUUAAAUUUUUGUUAAAAAUUUUGUGAUGAAUUACAGGUAUGAUAAUGUUGCAACAAAUGAGAACAAUCUUAUGUUACAUUGUGUGAUUUGUUUGUAUUUUGGUAUCAACCCUUCAUAUUUUGUAUGUUUGUAACUGUCCCAAUCAGUUGUUAUUGACUUGGUUCCUUCUUUCUGUACAUUUUAUGUUUGAAUUUGAAAUACAUCAGUAACAUAAGAAAUGAAAUUAGCCGUCUGUACCAUCUGUAUAGCUCUUUUAAGAUAGUUUCAUUUCAUGACAAUAUGCUGUUUAUAUGCAUGGCUUAAAAACUGCUGAUUUUUUGAGAAAACUGAGAUUUUUAAUUUAUUCUUACAUUAAUUCAUCAGUUUUGUUGAUACUACUACAAAGGAAAGCCAUUAGAGAUUUGGGACAAUUGAAUAUAUAGAGAGUAGUAUUAAUCAGAAACUAAUGGCAAAGGCUGUAUUAAGAUUGGCUGUUUUUGAACCAUAAUUUUGUUUCUGCUUAUGCAAGCUGUUAAUGCUAUAAUAAUUGUCGAGUCUUGCAAAUGAUCAGUUUCAGUAUUUCAAAUGUAAAAUUUCAUCUACUUUUGUGAAAGUGAAGUUCAUAUACUUUUUUGAAAGUGAUAUUUAUCUUUAUUGGAUGUACUGGAAUUACAACUAUUGAUUCAUGACUGCCUAGUAAAAUUUUGUAGUGAGAUGCAAGAUGUUCUUUUUCUUCAAUUUGACUAUUUUAUAUCAGAUAAAUUUUACAGGCCUUUGUUGGUAGUGCAGGAUGUUUGGAACAGUGCGUGACAGGUUGGCAUUGUCAUAGAUGAUGCCCUCUUAGAGAUGAGUUUGAUGAUGAAAGCUUUGUAAUAAUAUUGUUGCAAGUGUAAACUAUUGUUAAUCAUACUAUUUAUUAUUAUUAUUAUUAUUAUUAUUAUUAUUAUUAUUAUUUUAACAUUACAUAUAAUCAUUGGGCUUUAAUUAUGGAUUUCUUCUUCAUAGACUAUCAGCUUGCCUGUGAUCAUAAAAUUGAUUAUUUCUAAUAUGAGCAGAAUAUUUCUUUAGUAGCAAAAAAUAUUUUCUUAGCUUAUUAAAUAUAUUUGAAACUUA